GGGCUGGGUAGACUGUGGAGGGUGAUGUGAAGGUGCUUCGCUGACGGUGUCAAAGGUUGAGGUUCGCCGACAAGAUUCAAGCUCUCGCGUCACGGGGAUUUCCGCUGCGCUCAUUGGUGCGUCGUGCCUUCCGCUUUGACGUGAACUUUACCUCCAACCCCACCACGACAUUCGAUUCACUCUCCACAGCCCAAAGCCUUAACUUUUCGCCUUUGUUGGACGACGCCUGCAACGACUUGGCGACGUCUCACUAGAACGAUUGGUUCGUCUUGGCCUGUCGUGACUACCUAACGUCCUCCGGCGCAUCCUACCUCCAAUCCACCUCACGGCAAGCGCAACCAGCACGAUGCCCUCCGUAGAAACUCCUGCAAUUUCCAAAGCCGGCAUCACCACCUCCGCUACCGGCGAACGUCACAUACCCGCAUCCGUCCGCCCCGACGGCUCCCUGCGCAAAGAGAUUCGCGUUCGCCCAGGCUACCGCCCACCAGAGGAUGUUGAACUUUACAAGAACCGCACCGCCGAGGGUUUCCGCAACAGAGGCAAGGCAGGAGUGCCGGGUGCAGAAGCGGUAAAGAAGGAGGAGAAUCCUAGCACAUCGAGUCCCGCUGCCAACAAGAAUGCCAAACGGAGAGAAGCUAGGAAAAAGGCUGCAGCCGCAGCGGAUGAUGGAAAAGACGAGGGCAAAGGAGCCUCUGCCGACGUGAAGGAAAAGGAAGCGUCGGUGGAGGUCAAGGCGAAGGAGAAUGCGAAGCCUGAGGCGGACAAGGUUGUCGACCCCGAGGUCGAGAAAGAGAAGGAAGCGAAGAAGCUUACGAAGAAGUUAAGACAGGCGCGCGAAUUGAAGGACAAGAAAGACAAGGGCGACAAGCUGCUCCCAGAGCAGUUCGAGAAGGUCAUCAAAAUCAACGAGCCAACUCAGUUGCUCCUCCAGUAUAAGCUAGCGGCCCUGGGACGGCUGCGCAGCAGUGGCGUGGAUAAGCAUCAUAACAAAGGUCUUAAUAUCCAUGGCUUCACACCAAAGGCAUGUCACCCGAACAUACGCCCAUCUCGAUACCAACCGCAGAGAGCUUGGUCAUGAAUCGCAGCGCAUUCUCUCGCUACCGCUCUGUUUGCUACAGGCUGCUACGAGGCAUCGAGGCGAACGAUGCAAAUCAGCCUCCCGAGCUUAUCGUUGGGAAUUGUCGCAGUCCCAGUGUACAUGUACCGUAGAAAAGUAU